AUGCCUUCAGUUACCAUGAGGGGCUUGUCGAUGUUAUAUUUGCGAGUUAGCAAAAGAACGUUUUCAUCGCAAAGCCUAAAAUCACAAAAAUUUCUUACGCCAAAGAAGCUUAUAGAAAAGAGCCAAAAAGAAUAUCUAGAGAAGGAACAAUUUCAUCAACAAUUGUUAAACGAUCAGAUUAAGUAUGAGCCAAAGACUUUGAGCUCACAUAGUUUACGAGCAGCAAGUAAUAGUAAGAGACCAGUUCCUUUGAACGUGGAGCUAUUAAAAUAUGUACCGCUUAGAUUACCAAGAACUCAUGGUGACGAAGUUUGCACUUUGACCUUGCGUGGCUACGAUAAUGAUGAUCUAACAAGAAUUGGGGAGUUUGCUUUAAGAGCAGCUUAUUACUUGGGAAUACCCAUGUCGAACCUUUUAAAUUUAAAGACUGAAAAAAGACUAUACACAGUGAUAAAAUCGCCAUUUGCGCAAGCCAAGACGAAGCAGAAUUUUCAUAGAACCACGUAUAACAAGAAAGUUGUUGCUUACGAUGCUAACCCAGAAAUUGUUGAUUUGUGGUUGAGUUAUGUCAACAAAUACAAUUUCCAGAAUGUUGAAUUGAAAGCUACUAUAUCCUCGUAUGAAGGAUUGGAUUAUAGUGAGCAGAUUGCACAAGUGGAGAAUUUGGAGCUCCCACUGGCCUACGAGGGUAUAGAGGAUCCAGUUGCAUUAAAGGUUAAGGAGUUGUUGCAAUCUGAAGAAUUUAAAAAUCACUUGUAA